CGCACAGCAGAUUUCGCACUAUUGCUCCAUCUUCACCAGUUCCUAGCUGAUACUAUUUGUUAAUAUUCUACUAUCUCAUUCCACAAUAUCCCACUAUUCGACUCAAAAUGCUAUUACAUCGUGCUGGUUUAGGUUUAAUGAGAGCCAAUAUCUCAAAACAGUCCAUCUCAAGAUUCAAUAAUGUAGCCAAACCCUUAUUGUUGAGAUCUUCUGUAUCCACUGUUUCUGCUAGUUCUGAAGAAGAGCAGGAAAUUCUAGUUGCUCAAAGAAGAAACAGACCUACCUCUCCACAUUUGGAUAUCUACCAACCUCAGUUGACUAUGAUUUUAUCUGGUGCUCACCGUGUCACCGGUGUUGUAUUGGCCUUUGGUUUUUAUGGUAUUACUUGUGCAUAUACUGCUUCAAGUAUUUUGGGAUACCAAUUUGACCAUCAUCUUCUAUUCAAUUUGAUUGAAUCAUUGCCUGUCUAUUUACAAUAUGGUUUGAAAUCUGCUUUGGCCUUUCCUUUUGCUUUCCAUUUAAGUAACGGAUUAAGGCAUUACGUUUGGGAUAUGGGUAAAGAAUUAACUAUCAAGGGUAUCUACAGAACUGGUUAUAGCAUUUUAGUAUUUGCUGCUAUUUUCGGCUCUGCUUUAGUUUUAUAUAAAUAAAGUUAUUUAUAUUGAUCAAAUCAAUCAUACCAUAAUAUAAUAUAAUACAACCUGAUUUAUUACUUGAUGUAUUACUUGAUUAAUUGACUUGAAUCUUAAACCCGAUCUAUUUUGUGCAUUAAUAUUCUCUAAUAAAACAGUUUUUUACUUUCAUUAUCUUUUUUUUUAUACUUCUUUUAUAAAUGUAUAUAUAUAUAUAUAUCUGCCUCUGUCUUUUAUCUCUAUAUAAAUACAUACACCUCUUAAUUACACGUCAAUUAUAAUUUAAACCCGUUCAUUAUCUAUUUACACAUUUCGAAUAUUUAUAAAAGAACUUUCAACAUAGCAAUACCAAUAAUAAACUUUUUUAAAAAAAAACAAGAAUAAAGAAUCAUGAUAAA